AUGGCACCACUUCUCGAAGAUCCUCGCAUCCGACAAACCUGGAACCAAUUCUCACAGAAUGCAGAACAUGCUACUGAAAAUGCUGCGGCAGGAAUAUGGAACUUCCAGCAUAAAUAUAUAAACCCCUGCUUUUCGACCAUUGGAAACGGCUUUGAUGCAUGUGCAGCUCAAUGUUUUCCAGGACAAGAAGAAAGGGCGAGGAGAUUAAGAGAAAGAGGGCGGACAAGAGGGCGCGCAGAACUUAGUUUCGAUUUUUAUGACGAUUGGGAUGAAGAUGAAGGGCUUUUGGGAGGCUGGGGAAAUGAUGAACUGGAUAGGUUAUUGGCGGGAAGUGGAUCGCACUCUGGAAAUGUCACUGAAGCGCCGAAGAGGAAAAGAGGAAUGAGUUAUGGGACACGAGGAAGGAAGAAAGGAUUAGAAAACGACCCUACAAUUAUACCAAGUACAAGCGCUUUAGGAUUUCUAGGACGUUUACCAUGGAAAUUAGGCGGAACAUUGAGAUAUAAACCUAGCGCGGCAGAUUUGCAAGAACAUCCUGGAGCACAUCGAUCAGAUUAUAAUGGACUGGGCGAGGAAGCUGAUGCAUUGAUGGGAGACGACCUUGACGAUGAAGCGCGGGAUUUCAUGCGAGGACAUGCGAGGAAUAGGAGUUCGACACAAAGUUCAGGAGAGACUUCAGAUUCAUUUCGAUCGAGAGGAGAUCUAUUUCCGAGUGAUGAAGAAGAUGCCGUACCUCUCAGUGAUGAAUUUGCCAUGGUACUUGAAAGACGAAAUACAAAUUCAGGCACGGACGAUAAGAGUAGUGGAAAUACGCGAAGCAGUAAAGGCAAGAGGCCUGCACGGUCAAGAAAUGUAUCACGAACUACACAAUCAUCAUCACAGACAUUACGACCGAGGGGAGGCGGUGCAGGCUCGGGGACGUCGUUGCCAACCACGCCAGACAUCUCAGGCCCCGACGUGAUCGCCACCCCGUCGAUUGAGGAUUUACAACUGGAAGAGGAAAGAGUACGUUUAGAAGAGGAUGAAGAAGUGGAAAGGAAACGGCAGGCUGCUUUGCUAUUAGCGCAAGAAAGGGGUCUUUAUGUAGAGGAUACAUUUGAACCUGUUCCUUCAGAGCCAAAGCGGGAUAUAGAGGCAGUAGAAAAUUCAUCAUCGCCACCUGCCGAAGUAGCACCAGCUAGUGAAUCACCUUCAGCUCAACCAGAGUCACAGGAUAAUAAAGAGUUGUCGGAAGGGAAGGAUAACGAUAACAACAAAGAAUAUGAUUUUGUCCCUGCGAGACUACCAAAUUUUCGCUAA